AUGGAGCUAGCCAAAUGGUUGUUGCCAUCGAAUAUAAUCGAGAAAUGCUCAUCGAAAUCACCGAAUUCCGCAGAUUGCAAUUUUGAUUUUAUUUUAAUUCUAAAUUCUCGAAUAACAACCAAAUGUGCGCCCAAUCAACCAUCGAAAAUACAAAGUAUACACUUGGAAAUAAAGAAACGUCAGAAAUAUUUCGAUAUUUCGAUCACUAUUCGAGAUGAAGCGUUCAGAAAUGAAUUCAUCAGUCAUCUUCAAACGAAAAUUUUGGUAAAAAUGCGUUAUAUUUAUAGAGAGCUGGAAAGUAAGAGUGGAUGUGAAGAAAUAACGGAUGAAUCGUCAUCAAUUUCGAGUCUUUUCUAUUCUUCGAUCAGUCGUUUCAUUUCGUGA